ACUGAUGCCUUAGCAACAUACAAAAUGUCUUUUAUUGUGACCUUAGGGUGAAUCAAAGAGGAAAAUGGAGCUAGUGGAAGCUUCUGCCUCCAUUAGCCCGACUGAGACCCCAAAGGGUCUCAGAUCAAGAAAUUAAUUGUCCUGGUGGGAAUUCCAAUCACCUGAGGUAGCCUCAGAAAUUGGGGGUGCAUCUUUGAUCUUAAAAGGUGGAAACAUGGUGAAUCUACAGGUACUCAAUUGCUGGGUUUAUUUUGUCUCCAGGUUCUGUAGCCCCAGUUGGCUAGUUCCCCACCCAGUCUGGGUUAUUCGGCAGCUACCUUUUGCAUUACAAUGGCCUUGGUGAGACUGGCAGACAGGAUUAACUGAGAAUUCGCAAGGGUGUGGGUGGGCGUUGGGCUGCCAGGAGGGGCGGGUCUACGUAUGGUUGAGCCUUCCUUAUAAAUCUGGAGCCUCCAAAAUUCUUACCUUGAGUGAGAGAUUGGGCUGAAUGGCUUCUGUUACUGCAGAGGUGACUCGCUAAAUCCUGCCUUUUUGGUAACUUCCGUUUGGCGAUCUUCGUAUUUCUCUAAGGUCUUCUGCCUGGAUACUUAAGCCUGGGCCUUUUUUACAAUCUCACCCUUUGGAUUCUUGCCCUCUCCUUCAACUUAACAGCAUGAGUGUGGAUCCCGCUCUUCCCCAAAGCCUGCCUUGCCCUGAAGCAUCCAAUUCCAGGGGAUCUUCACCAGUGCCUGAGAUUUAUGGGCCUGAAGAAAAUUACGCAUCCUUGCAGAUGUCGUCUGCUGAGACACCCCACAUGGAGACUGUCUCUCCUCUGCCUUCCUCCAUGGAACUGCUCAUUCAGGACAGCCCCGAUUCAUCCACCAGUCCCAGAGUAAAACCGCUGCCCGCUUCCGCAGAGACGAGCGAGGCAAAGAAGGAAGAGAAGGUCCAUGGCAAGAAACAGAAGAUCAGAACCGUGUUCUCUCAGACCCAGCUCUGUGUCCUCAAUGACAGAUUUCAGAGACAGAAAUACCUCAGCCUCCAGCAGAUGCAAGAACUUUCCAACAUCCUGAACCUUAGCUACAAACAGGUUAAGACCUGGUUCCAGAACCAGAGAAUGAAAUGUAAGAGGUGGCAGAAAAACAACUGGCCGAAGACUAGCAACAGUGUCACUCAGGGCUCAGCAACUACAGACUACCCGGGGCUCUAUUCCUACCACCAGGGGUGCCUGGUGAACACUGCUGGGAACGUUCCAAUGUGGAGCCACCAGGCCUGGAAUAACCCAGCUUGGAGCAACCAGACCUGGAACAGCCAGUCUUGGAGCAACCAUUCCUGGAACAGUCAGACCUGGUGCUCCCAAGCCUGGAAUAACCAGGCUUGGAACAAUCAGGCCUGGAACAGUCCGUUCCACAGCUGUGGAGAGGACUUCCUGCAGCCCCAGAUCCAGUUCCAGCAAAAUUCUCCUGUCAGUGACCUGGAGGCCACCUUGGAAACCGCUGGGGAAAGCCAUAACGCAACACAGCAAACUGCUAAGUAUUUUAGUACCCAGCAAAUCAUGGAUUUAUUCCCAAAUUACCCCAUGAACAUACAGCCUGAAGAUAUGUGAAGAUGGCUACAUUGAAUCUCGAUUUGGGCAGUGGCUAUAUUACUUCUAGGAUUUUUCUUGAUAUUCUGCUUCUAAUUAUGCCCAUUGUGUCAAUCUGGAGAGUCAGGAGAGUAUGACGGAUUCUAGAGGGCUCGGUAGCCUUGGCUGCUGUGGCCAACAUGGUAACAGGUGUCUCUGGCUGCAGAUAACUAGAUAGAAUACUAGUUUGGAUGUCUUUAGGGUCUAGAAUCUAAUCUCUAGGAAGUAACAGUACAAAGACGGGUGGUGAAGGAUUAUCCUAUUUUCUGGGAUUGGGAGACUUUACUUCUGAAAAACCUCACUUGUUAAGGUGAAGGGUUAAGCUAUUAAGUGCUUCAUUAAUUUCCUCUACCCCUUUUGCUCUUUUACUGCAACCCCUAAUUUGUUCUUACUCUAGUGCUUGUAGAAAGAGGCUUUAUAUUUUUGCUGCAUCAUGAUAAUAAUAAUAGAACCAGUUUGGCCAGUUGGUUUAUAAGUUUAAGUACAAAUAAAUAAAAUAUACAUUUUACCUUUA